UUGCCAAACCAACCCACAAGGCAGACUCAAAGGAGGCAGAGCUCCGCCAUGCCCCGCUCAGCACUGCUAUGUUGCCUGGUCUUCCUGGCUGGUGUGGGGGCCAGCUGGAGCCAGGACACCCAGUCUGAGAACAGCUGCACCUACUUCUCAGACAGCCUGCCCCACAUGCUCCGAGAGCUCCGAGCGGCUUUCGACAGGGUGAAGACUUUCUUUCAAACGAAGGAUCAGCUGGACAACAUGUUGUUAAAUGGGUCCUUGCUGGAGGACUUUAAGGGUUACCUGGGUUGCCAAGCUUUGUCAGAGAUGAUCAAGUUCUACCUGGAGGUAGUGAUGCCACAGGCUGAGAACCAAAGUCCAAACAUCAAGGAGCAUGUGAACUCCCUGGGGGAAAAGCUGACAACCCUCAGGACAAGGCUUCGACGUUGUCAUCGAUUUUUCCCCUGUGAAAAUAAGAGCAAAGCAGUGGAACAAGUGAAGAAUGCCUUUAAUAAGCUCCAAGAGAAAGGUGUCUACAAGGCCAUGAGUGAAUUUGACAUCUUCAUUAACUACAUAGAAACCUACAUGACAAUGAAGAGGAAAAACUGAAACAUC